GCGCAGCAGUUCGUUUUAGUCUGGGAACCGGGGGGAGGGAUCGGGGAUUAGGCUCGUGAAGGGCAGCCCGGACCCCGCGGAGCUCCUCUUUGUCCCUGCUAGGAGAGACACCCCCCCGUCUGUCCUCGAUGCCGUCAGCCUUGGCCAUCUUCACUUGCCGCCCGAACUCGCACCCGUUUCAGGAGCGUCAUGUCUACCUGGACGAGCCCAUUAAAAUCGGCCGCUCCGUGGCCCGCUGUCGACCGGCGCAGAACAAUGCGACCUUUGAUUGCAAAGUGCUGUCAAGGAACCACGCUCUCGUCUGGUUUGACCACAAGACGGGCAAGUUUUAUCUCCAAGACACUAAAAGUAGUAAUGGUACCUUUAUAAAUAGCCAGAGAUUAAGUCGAGGCUCUGAAGAAAGCCCACCAUGUGAAAUUCUUUCUGGUGACAUUAUCCAGUUUGGGGUAGAUGUGACGGAGAACACACGGAAAGGUACGGUUACCCAUGGGUGUAUUGUUUCCACAAUAAAACUUUUUCUACCAGAUGGUAUGGAAGCCCGGCUCCGAUCAGAUGUCAUCCAUGCUCCAUUACCAAGUCCUGUUGACAAAGUUGCUGCUAACACUCCAAGUAUGUACUCUCAGGAACUAUUCCAGCUUUCUCAGUAUCUACAGGAGGCCUUACACCGGGAACAAAUGUUGGAACAAAAGUUAGCCACUCUUCAGCGGCUACUCGCCAUCACCCAAGAGGCUUCAGAUACCAGUUGGCAGGCUUUAAUAGAUGAAGAUAGACUCUUAUCACGGUUAGAAGUUAUGGGAAACCAAUUACAGGCAUGUUCCAAAAGUCAAACAGAAGAUAGUUUACGGAAGGAACUAAUAGCAUUACAGGAGGACAAACACAACUAUGAGACGACAGCCAAAGAGUCCCUGAGGCGGGUUCUUCAGGAGAAAAUUGAAGUGGUUAGAAAACUUUCAGAAGUUGAGCGAAGCCUGAGUAAUACUGAAGAUGAAUGUACCCACCUGAAAGAAAUGAAUGAACGGACGCAGGAAGAACUAAGAGAACUAGCCAAUAAAUAUAAUGGAGCAGUUAAUGAGAUCAAAGAUUUAUCUGAUAAGUUAAAGGUAGCAGAGGGAAAACAAGAAGAAAUCCAGCAAAAGGGGCAAGCUGAGAAAAAGGAAUUACAACAUAAGAUAGAUGAAAUGGAAGAGAAAGAGCAGGAGCUCCAGGCAAAAAUUGAAGCUUUGCAAGCUGAUAAUGACUUCACCAAUGAACGGCUAACCGCUUUACAAGUACGGUUAGAACAUCUUCAGGAGAAAACUCUUAAAGAAUGCAGCAGCUUAGGGAUACAAGUUGAUGACUUCUUACCUAAAAUAAAUGGGAGCACAGAAAAAGAGCACUUGCUUUCAAAGAGUGGAGGGGACUGCACUUUUAUCCAUCAGUUCAUAGAAUGCCAGAAGAAGCUGAUCGCGGAGGGGCAUCUAACCAAAGUGGUAGAAGAAACGAAGCUUUCAAAAGAAAACCAGGCAAGAGCAAAGGAAUCUGACUUAUCAGAUACUCUGAGUCCAAGCAAGGAAAAAAGUAGCGACGAUACUACAGACGCCCAAAUGGAUGAGCAAGACCUAAACGAACCCCUUGCUAAAGUGGCCCUAUUGAAAGAUGACUUGCAAGGUGGACAGUCAGAAAUUGAGGCAAAACAAGAAAUUCAGCUUCUUCGCAAGGAAUUAAUUGAAGCCCAGGAGCUAGCUAGAACAAGUAAACAAAAAUGCUUUGAACUUCAAGCUCUUUUGGAAGAAGAAAGAAAAGCCUAUCGAAAUCAAGUUGAGGAAUCUACUAAACAAAUACAGGUUCUUCAAGUCCAACUCCAGAGGUUACACGUCGAUAUUGAGAAUCUCCGGGAGGAGAAGGACAAUGAAAUCACAAGCACCCGAAAUCAAUUAAUUAGUGCUCGAGAUGAAAUUUUCCUCCUCCAUCAAGCAGCAGAAAAAGCUGCCUCUGAGCGGGACACCGAUAUUGCUUCUUUACAAGAAGAGCUUAAGAAGGUUCGAGCUGAGCUUGAGCGGUGGCGGAAAGCAGCAUCUGAAUAUGAAAAGGAAAUCACGACUCUGCAGAACAGUUUCCAGCUCCGAUGUCAGCAGUGUGAGGACCAGCAGAGAGAGGAAGCAACAAGGCUACAAGGUGAACUAGAGAAGUUGAGAAAGGAAUGGAAUGUAUUGGAAACAGAGUGCCGGUCUCUAAAAAAGGAAAAUGUUUUGUUAUCAUCAGAACUGCAGCGGCAGGAAAAAGAAUUGCACAAUUCCCAAAAGCAGAGUUUAGAGCUCACCAGUGAUCUCAGCAUGCUUCAAAUGACCAGGGAAGACCUUGAAAAUAAAAUGGGGACCUUGAAGGAACAGCAUCUUCGGGAUUCAGCUGAUUUAAAAACUCUUCUCAGUAAGGCUGAAAACCAAGCAAAGGAUGUACAGAAAGAGUAUGAAAAGACACAGACUGUACUCUCAGAACUGAAGUUGAAGUUUGAAAUGACUGAGCAGGAAAAACAAUCAAUCACAGAUGAGCUCAAACAAUGUAAAGACAACUUGAAGCUGCUCCGAGAGAAAGGAAAUAAUAAUCCUUCCAUAUUACAACCCGUCCCAGCCGUAUUCAUCGGCCUAUUCCUGGCUUUCCUGUUUUGGUGUUUCGGUCCAUUGUGGUAGAGAAAGAAACCCUGGCCCUGGAUGCCCAUGUUGGCGGCCCUGGUUGCGGUGACAGCCAUCGUGCUGUACGUGCCAGGUCUGGCCAGAGCUUCUCCAUGAGAGCGUUUCUUGAGUCCGUACACCGUCCUCCCUCUAGAAGCCGGCAUCACACUCAUGCUGGGGACAAACAGAACCAUUUCUUCCUUUUUACCUCUUAAAACAGCAGAAGUGCAAGAAUACAGCUGUAGGGUCAUUGCUUUAAGUUAUAUAAAAUGUAACUGUCUAUAAAGAGGGUAUAAAGUUGUGACUUUAUUCUACUGUGAGCAAUAAUUUGCUUGCAAUUUUUCAUGUAAUUUUUAAAUUAGUAUGUUGAGAUUCUGAACAUUAUGGUGGCCUAAAGUAGGCUUCUUGGUACACCAAAUUAUUUAUAACAUUAAAUUUAUGGGAAAUUUACUCUGAAUUCUAAUAGCCAGAUAAUUCUUCUCUUUUUUCUUUUUUUUUUUUUUUUUUAAAUUCGGUAACUACCCAAACCAAACAGCAAAUACGUACAUGGGAAGAAAGGCCCUGUGUGCUCAGUGCCUAUCAGUUUGAAAUAUAUACACAUAUAUAUAUAUUUUUUACAUAUUUACGCCAUUUUUACUUGUUAUAAAACCACUGAGCUAUUGGGAACAAGACUUAGAGAUGACUAUUACGUGGGUUUUUUGUUUUUGUUUUUGUUUUAGAAGAAAUACACUUGGAAACUAUUCUGUUCUAGUGAUAAUUUGGGGACUAUGUGCACGCUUGAGCAGCCUUAAUGUGACUUGACAAUAUGGAGGACAUCUGAAAAACCACCUACGAGAGUGCGUAUUUUCUUGAGCAAAAUGAAGUAUUUCUGGGAUCAAAAACAUAGUAAUUAUACAAUUCCAGUGCAGUAAACCAAACUGUUGAGUCAAUUGGAAUGUAAUUUAUGAAACCUCAUGUAUUUAAAGAGAUAAUUUCUUUUAAAAGCCAACUUACUUUCUCAUAUACAGCAUUUUAGAAAGCAUGUUUUUUUUUCUCCCAUCAUCUCUUCCUCCAAGCAUGUUUAAUUGAAGAAAGAAUAUCUCUUUAGAUAAGCUUUUACUGACUUAAUUUGGUUAUGGUAUUUUAGCGCUAAUUCAUGUUUGAGGUAAACUGUUGUUACCUCUCAACAGAUAUCCUGAUUGGGUGUGCAAAUGGUUAUUUUCUUUUAAUUGUUGUUAAUUGGGAAAUUCUGUUAAUGAGAAGCACUAUUCCCGAGAUUAAUAGUGUUCCAGGCACAGCGAAGCAAAGCACCUAAACACCGCUUGAUGUUACAAAUUUACAACACAGAAGUGAAAGUUUAGCUACGGUUUUUUGCGGCAUCACAGUUCAAUCAAGAAAGGUUAUUUAGGUCAUAGAAUAUCCUCAAGUUUCACAUGGCAAAAAUUUUUCAGUCAGUGAAGACGGAGAAUGUCAGUGAAUUGGCUUGAAAGUUCUGUGGCACUCCACAGGCCCAGCUAAAUGUUGAAAUAGAUGUUUAGGAUAAAAUUUGCCUUGUGAUGUUUGGCAGUCAUUGUUUAUACUUUAAAGGUUAUAUUUUAAGCUCUUUGAGAUUUGUUAUUGAAAGGAUCACUAGAUUUAUGGAGGAAUUAGUCAUAAAUGACUUGUAGAAAAAUACUGUCACAUAUCGUCAUUUCAUCGUUUUCUGUUGCAGGAAGCCACUCCACCACAGAAUGCUAAUAUGCCAGUGGUACCCAGUACCUCUUGUAUAUAGGUUAUUGCAAAUAUUGUUCUGAAAUGCUUAACUUCAGAAUUACAUUUUUUAAAGUAAAUAAUUGUUUUAAAUCUAUUUUGUAAAGAUAUAAAGUACAAUAGAAUUUCUGGAGUACAGAUUAAACUAUUUGCACUAACACACGUGAUGUGCAUGAUUUAAUAAAAUAACUUUACUCUCCCUA